GCAGCAGAGCCGUCGGUGCUCCGCUUCUCUGUAUCAUCGGGACUUGGAAAGUGGCCGGGCGGGGGAGACGGACAGCCAACCUCGGGAUUCAGUGAAGAUGGAAAUAAGUCACAGCUUUCGAAUAUCGCAUCUGAACGCCUCCAGAGCCGUACUGUAACGUCCAGGACAACUUACCUUACGUUGUGUUUGGUACAUUUUCCUGUUUUGGAUCCCAGCAGCGCGAGCUAGCUUAGCAGCCAGCCGUUGAUAGUGUCAGGCACGCAGGUACAGGAGAGGAGAGGAGGGGUUGGUGACAAAGGAAGGUGGCGAGGAAACGAUGAACCGCUUUCGAAAGUGGCUGUACAAGCCCAAGAGGACGGACCCUCAGCUCCUGGCCCAGUUCUACUACGCUGAUGAAGAGCUGAAUCAGGUGGCCACCGAGCUGGACAGCCUCGAUGGCAGGAAGGACCCUCAGAGAUGUACCCUGCUGGUUAACCAGUUCCGCUCCUGUCAGGACAAUGUGUUGAACAUUAUCAAUCAAAUCAUGGAUGAAUGUAUCCCCAACGACCGGGCUAACAGAGACUUCUGCGUCAAGUUCCCUGAGGAGAUUCGCCAUGACAACCUGGCAGGGCAGCUGUGGUUUGGGGCUGAGUGUUUGGCUGCCGGCUCCAUCAUCAUGAACAGGGAGAUAGAGAGUAUAGCGAUGAGGCCCCUGGCAAAGGACCUUACUCGCAGCCUGGAGGAGGUACGCAACAUCACCAGAGACCAGGCCCUGAGAGACCUCAACUUGUACACAGACCGCAUGAAGGACGCACUGCGACACUUCGACAGCCUUUUUGCUGAGUUUGAGCUCAGUUAUGUGUCAGCCAUGGUGCCUGUGAAGUCUCCCAAAGAAUAUUAUGUACAGCAGGAGGUGAUUGUGCUCUUCUGUGAGACUGUGGAGAGGGCCCUGAAGCUGGGCUACCUCACACAGGACAUGAUCGAUGACUAUGAACCCGCUCUGAUGUUUACAAUUCCCAGACUAGCCAUUGUGUGUGGGCUGGUUGUGUAUUCGGAGGGACCUCUCAACCUUGACCGGAAAUCAGAGGACAUGUCUGAGCUCUUCCGACCUUUUCGCACUUUAUUGAAAAAAAUCAGAGACCUACUGCAGACGCUGACAGAAGAGGAGUUGAUUACACUGGAGAGGAACCUGUGUAUCUCUCAGGAUGGGGAGUUGUCCACAGGCCAGGCACUAGCCACAAACAGCUCACAAGCUCCGGUCCAAGAUAACCACUCAUCCUGCAAACCCAUUAAUGACACCUCCAAGGGAGAGAGCGAGGGGGAGCAGAAGCAUCUUGGUCUGCUUGUCUGUCCCAGCCAGGAGGAGGAGGCAGAAGUGGAAAAGGGCUGGGAGGAGGUGGAAACAGAGAGCGGGAGGGAAGAGCAGGAGUCGAGCAUGCUGUGCGAGGAGGCGGAGGAGGCUGAGUUGGCAUGCUCCAUGCAGUACGAUGAGGAGGAGCUUGAGCAGCUCAACAUGAUGGUGUACCGUGUAGGAGAUGAGAUGUCUACCCUGCUGUCACCUCCCAGCCAGGGUCAGUCCCCAGCACAUCAACCAAGUAGAGGAGAAGCAGGAGGUUCUAGUGGGGCCUCCAGCACAGAGGCCUCGCCCCAGAGGCUCCUGGUGAGCCGGGGAAGGACAGGUAUUUAUGUAGAAGAGGAGGACAGGGUCUUCCUCAUGGAUGACCUGGAUGCAGCAGGUGACAUCACCAGCAUCUCAAGAGAGGUGUACGGUUGUGUUGCCUCUCCUUCCAAACAGCCAGAGUCUGCAUCUCGUCCUGUGCAGCGUAAACUGAGCCCAAGGCCGGACUCAAACAGGAACGGCUGGCUCUCUGAGGCUCAUUCGGAGCAGCCAUGUCCUCAACCACGCACCCACAAUGCACACUGUCCACAUGCAAAGCGCCGUCCUUGCACCGCUGCUCCCGGCUCAGAACCUCUGCCUUACACUAACGGGUGGGACAUGGGCUUGGAGGGGACAGCAUCUGAAACAGCAGAGGUCAUCGCCCACCGCAUGGGUGGGAUGAAGCUGUCUGCCACUGUCAUCUUCAACCCGCGCUCACCUAGCUUAUCAGAGCUGGCUGUAGACAAGCUGCUUCUGCCGCGGCCUGCUCCCUCUGAGAUUGAGCCUUGUGGUCCCCUGGUGGCCACUCACUGCCUGCUGAACUCCUGCGUCUGCUGUGGGAGCUGUGAGGACGGCCAUGAGGAUGCCAUCACCACUGAGACCAAUGGACUUGGGUUAGGUCUUGCCUUGGGAUUAGACAAACACUGUAAAACAGCAGCACCCAGCACUGUCAUCCAAUCAUCUGCUUGCCGGCUCCCUCCAAGAGGUCAUGAGCCUCACAGUAAGGGGGAGCUUGCCCAGUUGACUCCCCCUUCCUCCCGCUGCUCUGCAGAAAUCCUGGAGGAGGAUUCAAACUCUGUACUCUGUGAGAAGUGCCUGGCAGGGCCUCAGGGGCAGGGGCACCACAUACAGGACUGUAGCUCCAGUGAAGGGGAUGGACCCUCUGUGUACAGCCAGCAAAUGGAGACUGAAAAGAGGCAGCAAGCCUGUGGAGGCCAACAGAGGGAUAAGGAGAUGGAGAAGGCCAGACCAGGAUCUAAAGACCCGAAGAGGGACACUAAAGAGGACAGCAGAAGGAGCUCUAGUUUUCAGAGUUCCCCCCUCAGCUCUGUGUCAGGUAGUGACUGUGAGAGUGUGUCGGUCACCACAUGUAGUCUGUCAAGCAGUGCAUACACCCCCAGUCCUGUCAGCAGCCUGACCCCCAGUUCUGGGAUGUCAGAAGACCUGGACCAUCAGGAGAUCCAGCUGGCCCUACAAGAUGCCAAGAUGGCAGCCAGGAACAAGAUCCGAUCCCGCUUUCACAGCAGCAGCGACCUUAUCCACCGUCUCUUUGUUUGUAUAUCAGGUGUCGCUGAUCAGCUGCAGACCAACUAUGCUAGUGAUCUUCGCAGCAUUCUGAAGACUCUGUUUGAAGUCAUGGCAACAAAGUGUGAACAGGGUGACAAUGAUAAGCAAAAGAAAGGUCCUGUUCUGCGUAGUGCAGUCCUAGAGGAUUGUGCUCUAUGUCAGGAGACAAUUUCCUCUUCAGAAUUGGCAGCAAAGGCCCGAGAAGGCCAGUUUGAAGACCCUCCAGACUGGGUCCCUGAUGAAGCCUGUAACUCCUGCAUUGCCUGCAAGGCCCCCUUCACUGUCAUCCGCCGGAAGCAUCACUGCAGAAGUUGCGGAAAGAUCUUCUGCUCCCGCUGCUCCUCCCAUUCUGCUCCUUUGCCCCGGUAUGGUCAGGUGAAGCCUGUGAGGGUCUGCACACACUGCUACAUGUUUCACGUCACGCCCUUCUACAGCGACAAGGCCACAAUCUGACCCCUGAUCAUCGCUGAGAGCACCCAGUCAAGAGCAUAUGCAACAGACAAAUCCAAGGCUGUGUACACAGCAAACUGCUCUGGUGAACUUAAUGGUUGUCAUUGCUCCAGCUCAGCAGGGCUUCAGAGUAAGACCAUUAAAGAUGACAGAGCAGACUCGAGACACACAGCUGCAAGUCAACCUGUUUCUGUUGCUUCACAGAGAUUGGUGCGUCACUGCAAACCAAAGGGUGUGAUUUCAGCACAAAGGCAACAUUCACAAAUGACUCACAAAUGCCUGUCACACUAUAAGGUGCAAAAGGGAGAUGAGAUAAACAGGCAAUAACAGAUUUUCAACUGGCAUUGUGCAACAGUCCUCAGUAGCAGUUUGCAGCACAAACUCAGAGCCAGCCACCUGGUUUGAUCUGUUGCUUUGGGUAUAAUUUAAAGGACAUGUGACAAUUUUUUUAUUAUUGCUUUAGCAAGCUUCCUUCAUUUGUGCCAGAGCUCCCACGGGACUCGGAUUUCACUAAUGAAUGUAAGUCAUGAUAACCAUGUAAAUAAGGAUAAAUCUGGUAAAAGCUACACUACAAUGUCUUCAGUACACUUUUGCUACUUAUAUGGGAGCUGGAGAGCAAUCAUCACCAUGUUACCAGUCCCAGUGAAGCAAAAAUGAAAAACCAUCAGCUUUUAUAUUAAGAUUCCUCCAUGCUCUUACUGGCAAUGAAUGUGUAAUUCUGUAUCACUUGUGAGAUGGGGUCUAACACGUUCACCUCUUGAUGGCAUCAGGCUGUGCCUUUGCUUUAACAGUGGCACCAUGGUAUGUGCAGCUUUCGCUGGGGACUUGGCUGCACUCUGAGAUGGAUUAAAGGGAUUCCUUAGUUGUCACUGUAAGGCCUUGAAGGCCCCCUAGUGGAGGGUUGACCUCUCUUCACGCUGUGCACUCGGCAUCAUGUGUACAAUUUGUUCUGAUCCAGAGGCCUUCUCAGGGGCAGGCCUGCAGACUACAGGCUAAUUAUUGCCCAUUGAUUUCUCUUCCUCAUAUUAGAUAUAGUGCAAUAUUGUGGCGACUAACUGCGGUGAUGCUGCACAUUUUAGAAACAGCAUUUUGCUAUUUAGAUAAAAGUUUGAUUAGGGUUUUCACUAAAUUAUUCUUUGGCUCAUAUGGUACCAUCUAACAGGAGCAAAUUAUUUGCUCCUGACUUCCUUUUCUGCUCUUGAAUCUGCUUCCAUUGCAUUAACAGCAUAUUAAGUAUUUUCUGUGCUCAUUGUCACGUACUAGCAGUUUAUUCAUCUGAAUGGUCAGAACUAGCCAAUCUUCAAAUAUAAACCUGAUAUAAUCAUCUACAUUCUGCUAUGACUCUAAAGCAGUUUCCUCAGGCAUUACAUAAUCAAAGUCACUCACUUUUGUCUGAUCAGCCGUACUUUAUCAAAACAUACACACUUACUUUGGGAAGGUAUGAUUUUUUUCUUUUAUAAAGAACAAAAAUAAUGUAUGAAGCUAUAAUUUACUUUAUGUGAAAUACAAGAAAUCAUGCAGUAAUGAAAGGGCGGGAUAUACUUUUAUUGUUUCAGAGCUUCGUCUUAUUUUGUAAAAAUUCUGGACAUUUUCAUGAUAAGAGCUGUGUAAAAUAUUCAAAAAUAAUGUUAUAUAGUUUUAAAUGCAAUGUAUAUUGAAUAAAGUACUUUUUCCUGUUAAAAAUA